CAAAAUUCCCCAUAAGUAGAGUAUGGUGGAGUAGAUGCUUAUAAAUUGGAAUCUUAGAAGGUUGUUUCCUCAGGCCAAGAGCUUGGAAAAUUAGCCUCACAAAAGCAAAGAUCAAACAAACCAAGGACGAGAACACGAUGUUGCUUGAACUUGCACUUGGUUUAUUGGUUUUGGCUCUGUUUCUGCACUUGCGUCCCACACCCACUGCAAAAUCAAAAGCACUUCGCCAUCUCCCAAACCCACCAAGCCCAAAGCCUCGUCUUCCCUUCAUAGGACACCUUCAUCUCUUAAAAGACAAACUUCUCCACUACGCACUCAUCGACCUCUCCAAAAAACAUGGUCCCUUAUUCUCUCUCUACUUUGGCUCCAUGCCAACCGUUGUUGCCUCCACACCAGAAUUGUUCAAGCUCUUCCUCCAAACGCACGAGGCAACUUCCUUCAACACAAGGUUCCAAACCUCAGCCAUAAGACGCCUCACCUAUGAUAGCUCAGUGGCCAUGGUUCCCUUCGGACCUUACUGGAAGUUCGUGAGGAAGCUCAUCAUGAACGACCUUCUCAACGCCACCACUGUAAACAAGUUGAGGCCUUUGAGGACCCAACAGAUCCGCAAGUUCCUUAGGGUUAUGGCCCAAGGCGCAGAGGCACAGAAGCCCCUUGACUUGACCGAGGAGCUUCUGAAAUGGACCAACAGCACCAUCUCCAUGAUGAUGCUCGGCGAGGCUGAGGAGAUCAGAGACAUCGCUCGCGAGGUUCUUAAGAUCUUUGGCGAAUACAGCCUCACUGACUUCAUCUGGCCAUUGAAGCAUCUCAAGGUUGGAAAGUAUGAGAAGAGGAUCGACGACAUCUUGAACAAGUUCGACCCUGUCGUUGAAAGGGUCAUCAAGAAGCGCCGUGAGAUCGUGAGGAGGAGAAAGAACGGAGAGGUUGUUGAGGGUGAGGUCAGCGGGGUUUUCCUUGACACUUUGCUUGAAUUCGCUGAGGAUGAGACCAUGGAGAUCAAAAUCACCAAGGACCACAUCAAGGGUCUUGUUGUCGACUUUUUCUCGGCAGGAACAGACUCCACAGCGGUGGCAACAGAGUGGGCAUUGGCAGAACUCAUCAACAAUCCUAAGGUGUUGGAAAAGGCUCGUGAGGAGGUCUACAGUGUUGUGGGAAAGGACAGACUUGUGGACGAAGUUGACACUCAAAACCUUCCUUACAUUAGAGCAAUCGUGAAGGAGACAUUCCGCAUGCACCCGCCACUCCCAGUGGUCAAAAGAAAGUGCACAGAAGAGUGUGAGAUUAAUGGAUAUGUGAUCCCAGAGGGAGCAUUGAUUCUCUUCAAUGUAUGGCAAGUAGGAAGAGACCCCAAAUACUGGGACAGACCAUCGGAGUUCCGUCCUGAGAGGUUCCUAGAGACAGGGGCUGAAGGGGAAGCAGGGCCUCUUGAUCUUAGGGGACAACAUUUUCAACUUCUCCCAUUUGGGUCUGGGAGGAGAAUGUGCCCUGGAGUCAAUCUGGCUACUUCGGGAAUGGCAACACUUCUUGCAUCUCUUAUUCAGUGCUUCGACUUGCAAGUGCUGGGUCCACAAGGACAGAUAUUGAAGGGUGGUGACGCCAAAGUUAGCAUGGAAGAGAGAGCCGGCCUCACUGUUCCAAGGGCACAUAGUCUUGUCUGUGUUCCACUUGCAAGGAUCGGCGUUGCAUCUAAACUCCUUUCUUAAUUAAGAUCAUCGUCAUCAUCAUCAUAUGUAAUAUUUACUUUUUGUGUGUUGAUAAUCAUCAUUUCAAUAAGGUCUCAUUCAUCUACUUUUUAUGAAGUAUAUAAGCCCUUCCAUGCACAUUGUAUCAUCUCCCAUUUGUCUUCGUUUGCUACCUAAGGCAAUCUUUUUUUUUUUUGAAUCACAUCAUCUACUAUAAACUAUCAAUCCUUAUAUUAAUUUUGAGUUGCCACAUCAUUUAUCCCAAUUUCAA